UGCGCGGCUGCGGCUGCCGCCCGGGGGGGGGAACGGCGGCGGACCCGGAGCGGAGCCGGACCGGACCCAGAGCGGAGCCGGCAGCGCCAUGGCGAGGGACCCGGCCUUCGUGCUGCGCUACCUGGCCGAGGUGGAGGAGCUGGCCGAGGACGUGCUGGCGGCACGGCAGCAGAUCGUGGACCUGGACGUGAAGCGGAACCGGAACCGCGAGGCCCUGCGGGCGCUGCAGAAGGAUCCGGAGCCCGACGGCAAGGCCAUGGUCUGCUUCGGGAACAUGUUCAUCGAGCUCCCAAAAACACAGACCAAGGAGAUGCUGCAGAAGGACCAGGAACAUCUGGAUGAGGAGAUAAACAACCUCCGGAAAGAGCUGCGUGUGAAGGUCAACCGCCUCUUCGAAGCUCAAGGUAAAGCUGAGCUGAAGGGAUUUAACCUGAACCCCAUGACUGCCGAGGAAAUGAAGCUAAUCAAUCGCAUCCUGGAGGGCUGAGGUGACCAUGCCAUCAUCACGGCGCGUUAUUUGGGCUGUCACCCGUGGAGCUCACACUGCGAUAGCCGCAGCCCUUGAGGCUGCAGAACACUGGUGUGCCUGGAGCCUGCCUUGGGCAAGGUCCCUGGCAGGUGCUGGGAAGCGUUUGGCUCCUCAGCUAUGGCGCUGUAGUUUCCUUGGAUCACGGACCCUUUCCUGCUCCUCGCUGCAGCCCAGGGCGUGGAGCUGUGUGGAGGCAUGUGCUGGGACACAGCGAUGAGCAAGUGCCCACGGCCGGGGUGGAAGUGGGAUUAUUAAAAUCAGAGUAGCAGGGCAUUCCUAACUCUGUGUGUAUGUUCCUUGUUGGGUUUUAUGUGAGUGCUUCUUGCUUCUGGAGUUUGACUGCAGAGCUGGUUCAUUGUCGUGUCGGGAACAGGAGUAGGAGGAACUGGGAAUCAACAGUGUGCCCGACACACAGAAGAGGAGUUGUGUGCGCCUGUGGUAUUGAAACAAAGCAAAGCUAUACAUCCGAAGCAUGUCAGGAAUCUCUUUAAAGAUGUGUAGGGAGGGACAGGGGGAGGCAGCAUCCUUUUAGUCUCACUGGGAAAACAUGCCCUACUGUCAAGUUGGAAGGCAAGAGAACGCAGAAAGGAGGCUUUCAAAACUAGAUGAAAGGAUAAAAUGUACGUAUAUUUAGAAAAAAAGCAGUCUAGAGAGGGCUGAGCAGGAAUAGUCACUGAGCCUGUCUUGUAGUAAAAGUACAAUUGAUUUAAACGAUAAUGGUUUCUUCAAAGGUUUUAACAUUUAUUGUCUUCUACACUACCCUCCUUAGUCUGAACUUGCUACCCUAGCACAACUUGGUUAAGACCAUAAGAAGAUUUAAAAAAAUGAAUCAUAAUUAGUAAUGGACUGCAGCGAGUUUGAUUUUUUUUUUUUCUGUGUACAGGAAAGUGGGUCCUGCGAAGCUCUUUAUUUUUUGAAAUUCUGUAAAGUUAUUUCUGGAUAGAAUUUAAGAACUUUAAACAUGGCCGUUGCCAUUCUUUGUCCGGCUUUCAAGGUAGCUCACCUGUUCUGUCAAACCUCGCAUGGCCAACGCAGAGCUGGGCCUGAUCUCUCUCUUCCCUUCUGCACAGCCAUGCAAAACUAAACACAGCACCGCUGGUUUCCUGGCUCCCUGACUGUCUUCCAGCAUAACAGGGCAGAGGUGCCUGCUCUAGGCAGCCCUGCGUUGCCUUGUCCAGUUCCACACAUGCUUCAAAUUAUGCAGAGUUCAAAAAAAAUACCCUGUUUCGGACUCCUUUAAAACUGAGGUGUGAUUUUUUUUUUAAAUCUAAAAAGUCAACUAUCAUUGCUUGAUCUAAUUUUUAAAAUUCUAUAGCUAACACCACAUACCCUAAAUGUACAACUGGAAGAAGCGAGGCUGUCCACUUCAGGCUUAAGUUUCAGACACACAGCUUAAAAAUAACAUGGACUUACUACCUGAACUGUCUUGCCUGUAGCUUUUUCAGAAAAUUGCAUCUCUUCUGGAAGCAAGAGGCAAUACGGUGCCAAGUCCCUGUGUUAGAGCCGCACUCUUACAUAACCUGUGUAGUACAGCCAGUCAACGUCUCCAUAACAUGUGAUGGCUAGGUUAUUUUUACAGUAUCAUGGCAACAGGUUUUCUGCUCUGACAUGUUUCCAUAGUAGUAGCAGUAGGAGGAUCAGGUGCCUUCCCUAAAAGCUUUGUUUUGCUGUGCAGAGUGUUUUUAGCCCCUUUCUUUUCUUACGCGGUACAGAACUAAGCUCUUGUGAAUGCAGAUGGACAGCCGAGAAGCCAGAUCCCUUGUGUCAGCCGUUAUGAAAUAUCUCAUUCAAGCCCAUUGCAGCUUCCAAGCUGGGAAACCUUCAGAAGCAAGAAGGCCAGCAUCUUGUACUCAGCCAGCAGUGUCCAGAGAGAAGUGGGAACAGCCACUGCACAUUUUGAGGAAGAGAGAGUAAACUUCAUCCAUGGUGAUCUCUCCCAUCCCAAGCUUGGGAUCAGCAUCACACUUUCUCCUGGGCAGGAAGAUUUCUGAAAAGCUGCUUCAGUUGUUUCUUCCUGUCAUUGUAACAGCCUGCAACGAAAAUGUUAGCAGGGGAGUUAGGUGCACAUCACCUUGCUCUUCCUUCCUUUAGAGGCUAGGUUAUGUCCCACUUUUGUGUGAAGCUGUAACUUGUGUUUUGUUAGUUAGAAACUACAGCAGAGAUGAUGGUAGGCACACUGAGUUAGUACUUACCAUACAUGUUAGCCUCUCAGAAGUAUGACUUCAGAAUCCAAGUACUACUUCCCAACAGUAAAAUACACAACUAGCUUCAGGAAAGUGCCCAGUAAACAGUCACUGCAAUGACUGUGGAGCGGUUUUUGCAGCAGAGUUGGCAUACGAAGGACUCUGCUGUGACAUAGCACUUGAAAAGCAGGAUUAUGAACAAAAUUGUUCGCACUACAUUUACAUGCUUGUUUUCCACAGUGCUUCUGCAGCCUGGUUGCUUACAUCCACUUUUGGAAAGCAUCUGCUCCUUUUGGUCUCUUAAUCCCGUAAAAGCCCACACGCCCGUUCUUGUUCUUUUAUUCUUGAGUGAAAGGUGUGUGCUUUCCUCUUGCUGAUGUACGGAUAGCUUAAGGACACGAGCAGGGCAGCCUGCCAACACUGGAUGAGUACGCACCUAAAUAUGUGUUUGCCAUGACGUUCUCAUUCACCGGAGUACUCAGGUCUCCCCCUCUUCUGACAGGCCUGUCAUUCCACAUCAGAUCAAAACCUCCAACACACUUUUCCUUCCCCGUCAGCCUACAACAUCAAACACACGUACUGAAGUACCUGAGCAAUGAUGACUAUCCGUCUGCACACAGGAAUAAACUCCCAGACAAUGAGAGACAAAGCUGGACAGCUGAAAGCAGUGGACAUCUUUCUGCUAUUAAUAUCUGAGGUUAGCACAGUUGCAAAGUCAAUCACAAAAUGCUGCAAGACAAGCUGCUUGGCACAGAGUGCUCCAGAAGUGGCAAGUGUGGGAGGUACAAUGCAGAAGAGCCUCUGAAAGAGAGCUCUUGUGCAAGUCCCAGCUCUGACACAGGCUCCUUUCCCUUUGCAGCCCUGUGCUGCUUUGUUUUCCCACUCUGAAGUAGCAGUAUGGUUGCUUACUUUGCUCUGUUUCUGGAAAUUCCAUCAUUUAAUUGCUGUAAAGGUUAGAGUAUUAUCAUCAUUUGCCAAGAAAGAGAUGGAACCAGACCAUCCAUUCCAAACAUUUUAAUAAAACCCCUUAGAAGGUAAUAAACAUCUCUGCCUGCCUGCCUUCCCUGUCCACAAUAUGAAGUGUGUCUUUGAGUAGAUGACACUUGAGUUCACAGUCUUCCUGGCUACUGGCAGUGAGGGAAGGUGAAGCAUUCAGCUCCAGAAGCCAGCUGAGGAAAUAUAACAACAGUAAAUUAGGGAGAAACAGGCAGGUUUGCCAAUGCUUCAUCUAAGAGAAAUGCCUGUCCACAAAAUCAUUACCCUGCUAGCAGGCAGGAGUAAGUGUGAAGCAAUAGGAAAUCCACCCCUAAAUCUCUUUCCCAUGCACCGAGCCAAAGAACAUUCUGAGCUUAUUGCAAAGUUUCUAUUCCUGUUCUUGAUGGUACUAAAGAAAAAAAAAAAAAUCCCUCUAGCUUCCAGAAAGACAUACGAGUGAAAACCAAAGUCUAGCUGAAGCAGUAAAUGCUGAGGAUAAUUCACAGAAUGAGCAUUAACCCUUUUUUAGUGGUGGAAUGUGGAUGUCUCCUGGGAACAGUUUCCUGGGACAACAGUGUUCAAAUAGCUCUCCUACAAGAGCCCAGCAGCGAUAUCUGAGCACUGUGAUGACAUCGAGGACUUUUAUUCCAAUUCAUUUGUUUCCUGACCAACUGAAGUUACUCCAGCUCUUUAUGUGCAGGCUGUCUAAGCAAUAAUUUGGUUUGAGGCUAUGAAGAGAGUAGAUUGUGCAAAUUAGAGCUAUCCAGGACCACAGCUGAGCUGCAUUUAUUUGCUCAUUUGAAAUAAAGCUGUCCCCAGUGGCACUGCGUGAAAUAUAGGACUGGUGCUGACAGGACACAGGGAUAUCAGCUACAUUUUAAUAAAGAGUUAGAGGGAGGAGUUAAAAAAAAUAGACCAGAGAAUACAUUUGGUAGGAGAGCACCAUCAACACACAUCAUAUCUAAGGGACAUUUCCUUACCUAUGGUACUGCUUGCACUUUACAUUAUUAAGGCUGAAAGAAUAAUAAUCCUAUCUGCUUGUCAUUUCUGAAGUGCUAUUUGCUGUUUCUGUUUUUCUCAACUUUUUUUGCACUUUCGAGUUCCUGCUGUUGCAAUACUUGGGUUGCAUAUGUAGCAGAUAAAAUUCUGAGAAUUUCAGCUGAACUUCGAUGAUAUGUAUUUUUCACUGAGCCAGUGAGA